GCUUGUUCCUUAAGUUCGUUCUGAUUGGGCUUCUGAAUUGGUAUAGUAUAAAAAAAGGAACUAAAGAAAAUUUGAUCUUCACUCCUAACAGAACUUGCCGACGCAGCAUUCGACUCCGAAUGGCAGAGAACGGACUGCGAGGACAAGGGGGCGGAGCUCUCCUUCCAAAGAACCGAAUUGCAGAGGCAACCAUUGAAGAUGGACCAGGAGGGGAGGACGGACGGCGGUGCGACUUCUGCAGCCAAUCUUAUGGUACCCAGAGAACUAACAACACCAGACUGGAACGGAGCAGGCUAUGGCGACCAGGUGGAUACUUUUGACCGCGACAGCCGCAGAGGUGACACCUCUCCCCAGACCAACUGGUCGGACCCACACAAGCGGCAGAAGCACCGACAACCGAAGAAGCACCCGUGCCGCUUCUGUCCUUACUCACGCCCUUCCGCAACGGAUGUCACCAUCCACGAGAGGACUCGCACUGGCGAGAGACCCUUCAGUUGUGGUGCCUGCGAGAAAACAUUCACGAAGAAGGGUAACUUGACGGCUCACGUUAGAACUCACACCGGAGAGAAGCCGUUCAAGUGCAACACGUGCAGCAGGGCAUUUACUCAGAAAGGCAGUUUGGCGAACCAUGAGAGGACUCACACCGGAGAGAAGCCGUUCAAGUGCGAGACCUGCGGUAGAGCAUUUGCGUCUGAUAACGGUUUAUGCAAUCAUCGAAAGAUACAUCGCAAGUGAUCGAAACCCUCACGCGCAUCAUAGUUGUGAAAGGUGUUUAAACGAAAUACUCGAGCGCCGACAUGUGUUCAUAUCGUUUGGCGAUAGACCUGCAGGGGUUUUACUUGCGAGCAGUGUGUGUUUCGCAUGGUUCAAAAUGU